UCGCAUUCACUCAAACACUCUUGAAUAUCUCACGCAGUUAUAAUCUGUCGCUGGAAUGAGAAGCUUGUCGCAUUGGCUUGGUCGUGACUAAAUCGAAGUGCUUUUUCUUCUUGUUCAAAGUUUUUGAAGUGUGUUAAAAAUGAACGGUUGCCGAUCUGGAGUUCGAGUCGUUGGACUGGUGAUUGGAUUGUGGUGCCUCCUUUCAAGUGUUUUCUUUAGCUUUAUCUUCACCUUCCGAGCUGAUGCCUGGCAAAUUUUCGGCAAAUUAAUGCUUCCCAUCAUCAUAAUACUCGUAUUCAACAUUUUUGCUUGCCUUUCGUGGAUCUAUGGCUGUUGUAUAAUGAAGACGCGAUUCAUGCUUGGCAGUCUAGUCUACUGGGUCAUCAUUUUAUUUUACAGCAUCCGUUUUAUAUGGCAUCCAAUUCGACGAAAUGCAAUCAACACCGGCGAUAACAUCCAUUAUUUCAACACAGAAGAAGACGAUCUGACGGUUCGCUUUGAAAUGACAAUGACCAAACCGUACUUUCUUACUCUAUUUUCUGGGUUAUUCAUAAGUUUUUAUGUCGUUGCUAUAUUAAUUUACAUGUAUAUGCUCGGUACUCGGCCCAAUACUGGAAGUAUUGACGAUCCACGAUUCAACGUUCAACGCGUGUUCAUGAAUCCAUCGGUGAAUUUGGAAAAGGGAGACAUUGAGAAAAAUUGAUUCCGAAAUUGGGAAUUUUCUAUUUAAACUGAGCUCCCGAGGGAGAUGCAUGCAAAAUAUGAAUCUUAUUCCGCUUUUAUACCUUAAAAAUGAAUCAACAUUAUUGAGCAAAGAUAGAAAAAAGAAGAAAAAACAAGAAAUUUAAUGUAAUUCAGUAUAAAAAUGGCGAAUAAAUUAUAUUCUUUGAUACUUUUUUCAUACAUUGUACGAAAAA